GAGACAGAAUGAGAUGCGAGAAGAAGAGACAGAAAAGAAGUUGAGGGAAAAUAGAAAGAUGAAAACGACGGAGCAGUGCGAGCUGAAGGAGACAGGCCACACCCCCGAACUGACCGGCAAGGAUGAUUGGAAGGAGGUUCCUGUGAAGAAGCAGACUGCAGCCAAUAGGAAGCCUCCGUUGCAGAAGAGCCACAAUCAGGAGGCAGACCAACAGGAGGUCACCACAGAGAUCAGGUACACUGACCACAGACAGCAGUCAAACUCCUCCUCCUACUGCUCCACCCACACCUUCAGCCUGUCCUGCAGCCCGGUGGAGGCCAGCCGACGCGUCAGCGCCACCCUCAGCCCAUUACAGCCCAACUCCACUGAGGCUCAGACCACGCCCCCUUAUCCUGUGACUGGCCCAUCGCUCUGUGAUGUCCAGAGGGAGUGUCAGAGGAAGGAGGUGCAGGAUGCGUCCGACCUUUCAGAGGUGGAGCUCCAUCAGCAGGAAGUGCUGACCGAAGACUCGCUGUCCAAUGAUGAAUACGAGUGUGCAUCACCUGACGAUAUCUCCCUGCCGCCACUGGCAGAAACACCCGAGUCCGGCUUGGUUCAAUCAGACUUUGAGGAGGGCUUCUGUUUCAGUUCCCGCAGCGCCCACGUCAACCAGCACAGCCACCAGGCCCAGUCAGGGCAGAGCGGUACCGGUGCAGUCCAACAACAGAGAGGGUCCAGUCAGACGGAGGGUUAUGCCCCUCCUCCGACCAAUCAUAACAACCCCAGGUUCAGAUCAGAGUCCAGUUCAUUUGUCCAGAGUCCAUUGACAGUUCCUGCUCCAGGCCUCCUCAGCAUCCUGCGGACUGAGGAGGCCAGUGUUGACUUCUUCCUGAGCAGCACUGAAGCACACUUCACCUCCAGAUCCAACCAAGUCCACAAGAGCAAAACCACAGACAAAUUCACCGAUGUCCCUGAGAGGAGGAGCCCCUCAGAGACUGAGCCAUUAUUAAAUGACCUCAACAGUCAGUUUAACCAGCCUCAGUGCACAGGAUCCCAGAGUAAUAGCAACCGAAAUGUCACAUCCAAAAGUGAGACCUUGCCACAGACUGAUCCCAUUCCUCAUCCUGCAGAUCAGAGCCCCACCCUUCAGUCCAACUAUUGUCCUCAGCCCCUCAAUGGUCCAGACACUGAUAUACACAAGGACAAGACCCCUCUACAAGACACAGGGUUCCUCAAAUGUGGUUUUGAUCAGGACACAAAUUUCUCCCAAACCAGAAAGGAAACCUCCGUAGUCUCCAAACCUGACAGUCCCACCAACACCAGUUCAGUUACCCAGCAGAACGUUUUCAUCCAAUCUUCCCAUUCAGACACUUUACCACAGGAAAGAAACAGCCACAGUUCCCCCCACAAAAGCUCCUUAUCACAGAAUAAGACAAAAAACUAUCUGAUCCCACAUGCCAGAGGAUUUGCUCAAAGCCCGAACCUCACAGAUUCUGUUGUCCACAAUGACAGAACCCUUCCACCAGACAUUAGAACAUGCCUACAAACCAACACAAGCCUCCUUCAACACAACAAUCUUCCACAGUCUUUCCCAGAUUCGAGCCUUGAUCAGAGUGAACUUUCUACUCAACCCAGCAAGGAAACAUCCUCAGUGAAGACUGUUUACUGCCAGUCCUCCUCUUCAGACAGUCCAUGCAAUGUGCCACAGGCUGGCAUCACUCUCAGGGCGAAGCAAGACGAUCUACCUGAUGUCCAUGUUCCCAAUAAUACAGAGCUAGAGAGUAACAGAUUCAGCAACAAGCAGAGCCACAUCACAGUCUACUCUGUCCAUGAGUCCUUGACGCAGUGUGUGCAUGACCCUGGCAUGAGCCCCAGCAGCACUGCCAAGCCCACUGCUCCUCCUCUGCCUCAGACCCAAGCUCACCCUUACCCACCUCAUCUACUAACUUCAGACCAAGACCCAGACAUUUGUCAGCCCAUGGCCAUCCGUGAGGAGAUCAGGCUUACUCCUCAGAUCCAUGGGCCUCCCCUUCCUGCUCCACCUCUUCCCCAGGCCCAGGCAGAGUCUCUUCCCCGGGGAAAAGCCUCUAAACCGGGUCCUCCCUGCUUCACCAGAGCUCGGUCUAGAGCUACUGUUAAGGAGGGCUCUCCAGUGACGCUAGAGGUGGAGGUGACAGGACACCCAGAGCCCACGCUCACCUGGUCUGAAGAUGGAGACACCAGCCCAGGCCCAUCGCCGGUCUGUGACGGCGGGAAACACUUCCUGUUCAUUCCUGAGGCGUUGGACUCAGACGGCGGCUUGCACGACGUUGUCAAACAUCAGUGGCUGGUGGCUGAAGUCUUUGACCUCUUCAGUGUAGACUGGCAGACGUGGUUCGGGACUCUGUGCGUUCUCCUGUGGCUGCUCUACCUGAUUCUGCUCUAAGACUGUAUCUGGUUUAUACUGCGGGAACCUUUACUUCCUGUUUUCAUUGUGUCUCACAAUCACGUUUUGUUUGAAACAUUUGAAAACACACACACACAGUGUUCAAUCCAGAUUUUCUCAGUCUGUACAUUUGUAGAAUCUGAUUAUUUAUAUUUAUAAGUAUUCAGAAACACAUGUAUCUGUAAUUCAGAUUCAUAUUUUAGACCUGUGAUAUUUGUCGACUGUGUAAAUGUUCUUCAGGUGAGUUUAUGGACCUGAAACUGGUGGAAGGUCUGAAGAAGGUUGAGAAACCUCAUAAUCAAUGUUUCUGUUAUAUGAAUUAUUUUAUUGUCAUUUUUAAUUAAAUCUGAACUCAUUUUAUUAAAAAUCUGAUUAUGAUUUUCUUUCCAAAAAUAAAAGCUACACAUGGUAUUAAACCAUCACAUCCAUAACAAGGACAAAGUUUAAACGUUUUAUUUAAACAUUACGAGUAUAAUAUAAAUUAAUGAGAUUAUUUUCACUUUCUGAGUCAAAAUUUUGGGUGUGACACUAGUUAUUAUUUUAAGAUUUAAAAUAUCAAUGUGUGACAUUAACGAUAUGAAAAUGUAUUUGUAGAGUUCUGAGUCAAAAUCAAACAACUUCAGAGAAGUUACUGAGAAAAGUAAGCAACGUUUAAAUCUGUUGUUUCGUUUAGAUUCUAUGUUUUCACCAAUUCUAUCAUUUUGGGGCGUUGACUUUAUUUAGACAGGAAUCAAUUGAAAUGUGGAGCAGUGAGUAUUGGGCGACAUCUAGUGGUGAAG